AUUUGUACUUUUUACGAAUUUAGAGUAUUUUUACCGCUAAUUCUAGAAAAAACUGCAAUAUUAUUCACUUCAGAAAGAGUUMAAAAUAAAUCACCAAACAAGGUCACAAUGAUGGAGCUACAUUUUCUUGGUACUGGUUCAGCUUACCCCUCCCCCSACAGGGGUGCCAGUUGUACUGUACUUCGGCAUUCUACAGGUUCAUGGAUGUUUGAUUGUGGUGAAGGAACUCAAACAAAGCUGAUGAAAAGUGCUAUUAAACCAAGUCGUAUUAACAAGAUCUUUAUUACCCAUCUUCAUGGCGAUCAUAUGUUUGGGCUACCGGGCUUCCUGUGUACCUUGGGACUUAACAACAGUUCUGAUAACAGAAUCGUUGAAAUAUAUGGUCCACUGGGACUUCGUAAGUUUGUGCGAACAAGCCUUCAAAUAUCACAAUCUAGACUUGGAUACCAGUAUGUYGUACAUGAAUUAGAACUAACAGAAUCUUUGAAAAGYAGCUUAGGAGGAGAGUUACCUCAUCAAGUAUUUCCCAGCAAUGAAUUCUUACAUCCUGACGAGAUACAGGGUAAAACUAUUAUAGAAGGUCCUGAUGGAUUAUGGGACAUCUGUCAUGAUGGAAAUAUGAAAGUAUGUGCYGCACCCUUGAAGCAUAGAAGUAUUUGCUUUGGUUAUGUUAUAAUAGAAGAUGAUUUACCUGGUAAACUAGACCCAAUACUCUUAAAACAAAGAGGUGUCCCCCCAGGGCCAUUGUACGCAAGAAUAAAGAAUGGGGAACCUAUAAUAAUGGAUGACGGAAGUGUUAUCACUCCUGAUGAGGUACUGGGACCAUCAAGACUUGGACGUAAAGUUGUCAUACUUGGUGACACUUGUGAUUCCUCUAGGAUUGCCAAUGUAGCACAGAACUGUAAUUGCUUAGUGCAUGAAGCAACUCAUGAGAAUGAACUGGAAAGUAAAGCUAUUGACUUUGGACAUUCAACACCUCGGAUGGCAGGUCAAUUUGCACAUGAAAUUAAAGCUGAGAUGCUUGUCCUUACACACUUCAGUCAAAGAUACAAGAAUAUGUCAGAAGUACCAUCAGAAUCACCCUCACUUUCAAAACUCCUUGACCAAGCACAGGAAGCAUUUAAAAGGGAUAAAGUUGUCAUAGCAGAGGAUUUUAGUGUUGUAAAUGUAAACUUGACUAAUAAUAAUUAGGUAAUAACUAUACUAGUAUAAUUCAAUAUAAUCAACUGUGGGAUCAAGUCACAAAGGGCAGCUUAAGCUGGCUCACACUUUACAUAAGAUUGAGCAUGUGCAUGUCACUUUUAUUUUUUCAACAUUUAUUUCCUAUAUUUCUGCUUUUCUGCUUUUGUUUUACUGUGUUCAAUCACACAGGUACAAAUUGUAUAAUUUCAGCUUCUUAUAUCAUAGUUUGAGCCAGCUGUUAUCAAUGAAAACAAACUGUCAUACWGUGGUUUGCUUAAUGGCAAGCGGUAUUGAAACCUUGUAUCUAGUAUCUAAGUCAUUUCAUGACAAUAUAUGCAAUUUGGAUUGUAAUUAGAGCUACAAAUAUGGCACAUAUGCAUGCUCUAGUCAUAGGAAAGACUGGGACAUUAUGAAUUCUUCUAAAAUCUUGAUAUCUACCAAGAAUUUCCUGCA